AAAAAAGGGGGGGGGGGGGCAUGUUGUUCAGAAACACAUUAAGCUUGUCAUUUGUUUGAUAAGCGAUUAUAGAAAAUUGAUGCAUAUUGUGCAAAUAACUAAUAUCAUUUUAAAAGAAAUAUCCGAACCAAACUUUUAUAUGCCUCAUUUAUUGCCAAGUGGAUAAGAAAUGUUGACAAUUCUGUUGAAAAUUUCUUUCUGGAAAAAGGGAGGGUGUAUUCCAUACACGUUAUAGAAAGAAGUAUAAGAUUUAAUUAAGAUGUUACUGAGGAAAUAUCAGUGAAUGUUGUUUGAUCACGUCAACAAGUCACGAUGCUUAUUAAGCUAUAAAACAGAAAUGGUGCUGCAGAUGCCAAAUACAUUCGUUCACUGUAAGUAAUUUUUGCAAUCAGGAGAUUGUAAUUUACCAAUGGAUUUCUUAAAGUGUAUGAAAAUCUCGGUCUUCGACAGGAACUAGUACUUAAGUUUAUACAACAGAUGCAAUAUUGCUUUUUGUGGUUCAACAUGUCACGUAGUAUGCCAAGAAAGCCGUUAUCCCACACUUUCAGGAAUGUCCGACGAUUUAAUACUCCGGUCAACCGUUCCGGUGGCAGUGUAAAAGUGUAUCCGACAAGAACCGAUUCUAAAUCAAAUUUACUUGAACGAACCGUAUCGCUUUUGAAAAUGGAAAAAGAAUUGCAUCUUGAUGAAUAUACUGAUGCACGGAUGCUGUUCAAUGCUAUACGUAAGGGACAAAUUCGACUUGUAAAAUUUAUCCUGAUUGCGGCACCAAAGGAAGUAGUAAACGCAAUCGAUUUGAAGGGCAAAACACCACUGAUGAUAUCAUGCUUUUUAAAGGAAGAAAUGUCCCGCGAUACCAUUGUUGAACUUUUGUUGAAUCAUGGCGCAGAGGUUAAUGUGGCGUCGGACUCAGGGAGAACAGCGCUGAGCUACGCCUGUGAACAUCGCUGUAACGACAUCGUGGACAUCCUUGUGAAGCACGCAUCAGUCGACCCUGACAUUCCCGAUAUCGACGGAAACACUCCACUGAUAUACUGUGCAAGAGUUGGUAAUGACGUCGCCAUUGAUAUAUUGACACGCAACUUCCGUCGUCUCGGUUUGGCGGUUGAUCACGCUAACCAAAAGGGUUUUACCGCUCUUUUAAUGGCUGCAAAGGAAUGCAACAUAACUUGUGUAAAAAUUCUAGCUACACAGGGUCAUGCCUCUUUGCGCCAUCGGGAUAAAACCAAGAACUACUCCGUUCAAGACUGGUUACAACAUCACGGUUACACAAAAACAGAAAUUGCGGAAAUCUUGCCAUCUAUAAGGAAACCGAGACGUCGGUUUGUGGAUGCCAUUAAAAUUGCGAGGUUGCUGCCAAGUCUCAAGCAUAAAGAGAAAAAGUCAGUUGAGCGAACGCCCUCUGUUUUGUCCACAAUCACCGUACCGAUUACUGUAUCUGAGUUUGAUAUUGAACCAAGAAAGAAGAAAAUGGUGUCGCGACAUCCUUCCUUGGAGGGAAAUGACCGGGGUAGAUUCGCCAUCAAAAGACUCCAUUCCCUCCAGUUACCGAAAAUUUACCGUGGAACAAUGUACGAUUCUCCGUAUUUCGACAGCGAUGACGAGAAAGAGAAAAGACGCGACUAUCGCCCACAUUUUGAGAAGUCACGCGAAGCAACGCUUGAGGAGUAUAUGACAUUUGAAUCUUCCUCAGAAGAUGACUAAUAAAAUCGACAUGUAUGUUUAAAUCCCAGAUCUCGUUGAAACCUUGCUACAUGAUUUGAUCAAUCCCUUAAAAAUUUUCUCCUGAAUUUGUGUCAUCAACUUCUUUCCGGUGUAGCUUCUAGAAACAAUCCAAAAUUUGGAAGAGAUUGUUAACGUUGUCAUAAUGUUUGUCAAAAUGUUGUCUUUUACUUUUCAACAAUACAUUACUAGUACUGUU